AUGCCCACUGUUUGGGUAAGCAAUGAUGGCAUGAAUGUGAAAGGUGAGAACAACAACAACAAAGUGUUAGCAGAGGUGAAAACAAUCAGAACCAUCCAGAUCAAUGGAUCAGGAUCCACAGUUCAUACACCCCAUCCAGUUACACCUUCCGCUCCUAUACUCAAUGCCAGGCAGACACUCAAUGCAAGGGUUCUCAAUGCACACGCUGAAAGGACAAGACAGUGGUGA